GCAGCGGGUCCAGACGCCCGCCGGAUUGGCUUCGGCAGGCGCUUAGAAGCGGCGUUGCGCGUGCGCGCUAUGUCCACGUGGUCCUGAGUGGUGGAUGUUGCUCUCUAUCCUCAGCAGCAACCCUAGUUCCUGGUCCGGAGCUCGGAAUGUUCCCAGAACUCAACAACCUGCUCAACACCACCCCUGACGGGCCGGAGCAGGUCGUGUGUGCCCUUGAAAUUCUCCAGGAAGCACGUCCGACGUUUGGAUUCGUUUAAGUUCACAGACGUGUACCAGGAAACCCUGUGCGUGCUCAGUAGAGUGGAAGUCCUGGCGCCCAGAAGAGGUUGCCGAAAGGCAGUGUUCGACUUCCCACCCUUCACGCGGGACCAGCUUCCUAGCCGCCAUGAGCCGUCUUCUGGCCCGGAAGCGCUCGGCAGGUCGCAGUGAACGCUGCUGCUCCUCUUCCUCCUCGUUGUCUCCAGUAAUGCUCUUUGAAGCUGUUCUCGGCCAACAUUGGACUGUAUAAGUCCACCUUUGGCACCACAGCCUAGCCACUCUGUUUUCUUCACCCUCCUUCCCGAACCCUAAGGCACCUUGAAAUUUUUCACAUUUUAGCCCCGGAGUUACCUCUCCUAGUAACACACCUGGUUUAUUUCAUAACUGUUGUCUUUUUAAUGAAAUAGUAAGCUCCUCGAGGCAGUCAAGAUACCGUGAAUGUAAAGCCUUUUUCUGAUUCCACAGUGCUAAGUAAAUUGUAGUUUUCAGUAGAAGCUUGUGGAUUUUAACCGCCCAGCAGUUCUUGCCUGCCCAAACCUCCAGAUGGCGCUGGUUACCUUGCCAAUUACUGCUAGCACCUCCCAAGUUCGCAGCCCAGGGCCAGAGUGAGGGAAUGGUGGAUAGGAGUGGGCACCAGGAAAUGGCAACGCUGGCGGUAACCCUGCUGCUGUGAUCUUUCAUAUUUUGGGAAGUUGACCUUACUCUGUGAUGCCAAGACAGAUGGCAGUUUCCUUAUGCACCACUUUCUCUCCUUCUACCUUAAAGCUAAUUGUAAAGUCUGCUUUGUGGCACUCAUCCAGUCCUUCAGUCACUACAAUAUCGUGGGACAGAAGCUGGGUGUCAGCCUGACCGCAGCGCGGGAGCGCAGGCAGCUUGUGUUCCUCGAGGGUCUCAAGUCCGCAGUGGACAUCUUCUUCCGGCCUCAGGAGGAGCCACACCCCCUGCAGUUCCUCAGGGAGGCCAACACCAGGAACCUGCAGCCCCUGUAUGAGUUUGUGCGGGAGGCCCUGAAGCCCACGGACGAGGAGGAGGCUGCCUGGAGGUGCCCGGUGCUGCUGGUGGACGACCUCAGUGUGCUGCUGAGCCUGGGCGUGGGGGCCGUGGCGGUGCUGGACUUCAUCCACUACUGCAGAGCCACCGUGUGCUGGGAACGGAAGGGAAACAUUGUGGCCCUUGUGCAUGACAGUGGAGAUGCUGAGGACGAGGAGAAUGACAUCCUGCUGAAUGGCCUUAGUCACCAGAGCCACCUGAUCCUGCGGGCUGAGGGCCUGGCCACUGGCUUCUGCAAGGACGUGCAUGGGCAGCUGAAGAUCCUGUGGAGGAGACCUUCACAGCCCACAGCCCCACGAGAUCGGAGCCUCACUUACCAGUACAAGAUACAGGACAAGAGCGUGUCCUUUUUUGCCAAAGGAAUGUCUCCUGCUGUUCUGUGACCUGAUUUAGAGGCAGCUGCAGCCACUUUGGACUAUUUUUGGAGUGAAAGAUAAAGCAACUGAGCAGGAGUGGAUCUUUACACCUUUGUAGCAGGCUGGCAGCUCCACUGUGACCUAAGGCUGGUGGAAUGGUGUGGCAAUGGUGUGCCUUCACUCCCCCCGGGCCCUGCUCAGAAAAUGUACGAGGAAUCUGCAACACUGCCUCAGCUGAGAGAGAUGCUGCAUGUUAAACUGGCUGAAAGGGGUCCUUUUGAGCCUUCCUUAUAAACACGCUUUAGCCCUAACUGCCCAUUUUUGGUUCUCAUACCUUUUAGAGCCAAAGUAGGUAUGAAUGUUCCCACCAGGAGGCAGUCCUGGAUGGCAUGUGUCCAGGGUAACAGCUAGGACAAUCGUGGCUGGCAUAAAGUGAGUUCCCACCUCAUGGCUUCCCGUGGAUUGUCUCACUUAAUUUUCACCUUCAUCCAAAGAUAGUUUCCCCUUCAGUCCAGUGAGGAAACAGGCUUCGAGAGGUUUGGAAGCAUGCUCAAGGCUGUAGGGAAGGCUGCAGGUAAUGGAGGCCUGACUCUAAAGUCCACACUUGCUGACUGACUGUCAUGGAAACCAGAGGCAGGCUCCCUGCCCAGUUCAUAGGUCGGCUCCUCCAGUUUCUGUCGUACCUGCCCCUGUGCCGAUGAGAUCAAGCCAUCGAGGGCCUGGCCUCCUGGCCUUGGCCACGAGGCCCCAUGUAGGGCACAGGUGUGCCUGGCCUUGGUGAGAGGGAUAAGGAAUGUUCCUGCUGCCAGGCAGGACUGGGCCUUGGGGUGUAGCCAGUGUCUCCCUCACCAGUGAAGACUGAAGGCGGUGACCUUCUGCCCCAGCAUCCUGCAGAUGCCAGCUUGCCACACUCAGCCCCUCAGUCAAAGUCACUCAGAGUAUUCUCUUAGGAUGGGUACGUUUUAUUAUAUGUGCUUUGUACCACAAAGAAUUUGAUUUUGAAAAUAAAUAAAAUGAAAAAAUAACACUGCUUUAAGGGAAAAAGGAAAUUUCAUAUCUAUUGUUUGAUUUUAACCUUUUUUUACACUUUUUAGUCUUUGUAAACUGAACAGUUAUCACCUCUCUCUUCAACUCAUACCGACUUUUGGGUCAGUUAUCCACUGAAACAGUAGCUGCUUUUCUUCUCAAAAUAUUGCAGACCUGAUAGAAUGUUUGAAAAUCAUGAGUGUAAGUAAUUUAAGAAAGUAGUUAUUAAAGGAUCUCGUCAUUCUUUUAUUAGUAAUGCAGUGUUUAUACCAGCUUCGUGUAAGUUACAGUUCUGAAUGGGUGAGGCACCACGGAACACUUCUUACACGAUACCAAUUGUUGCUGAUAUAUUCUUCUCUUGAUUUAUAAGUGUUUUCACUAAAUUUUUAAUGUUUAAUGGCUAUUUAGCAUUUUAUAGGUCAUUAUAGUCUAAUUUGCUUAGCUAUUCUCUGGGCAUAUAGGUUCCAGUUUUUGUAAUUAUAAAUUACGCUGUGAUGAAUUUUAUAUACUGUACCUUUUUAGGGAUGGGGGAAAAUACUUGUUUCCUUAGAACUUUCAUUCAUUCCUGCACUCAACAAAUGCUGAGGCCUUCUAUGUGGCAGGCCGCUCUCGGCCCUGAGGCUAUGACAGUGACAAGAUAGGGCCCUGCCCUUCUGGAGCUGACAUUCCAGUGGAGGAGACAGAGACAGACAGUCACCAGAACUGAGAAUUAAGAGAUUGUAGAGUUAGACCUUGAUAAGUGCUAUAAAUAAAGCAGGGAGGAGGCCUGUAAGGAGCUAUGACAGUUUAGAGUGUACUCCCUGAAGUGGAAUUUCUGAAUGAAAGCAGGGACUGGCCCUCAUAUGUCAUCAGGUGGUUCUUCAGAAUGAUGAAGCCAGUCAACAGUGAUCGAUAGUUUUCCUCCACCAAUGCUGGGGUACUGGCAAGGGUAUAAUUUUCUGUAUUUUCCCAUGUGUAUAGAAUCUAUUCCUCACUCUUAGUCAUUUAUCAAUUAAAAUCUGGUGUCAGCUUAUUUUUUAUUCUUUGUGAUAUUUUGGAAAGUAAGAUUUUAUCAUUGUAAAAUGGUCAUUUUAAUGUAAAAAUAUUUCUACAUCUACAAAAAUACUGUCUACAGAAACAUUUUUUUCCUUAUAUUCAGAAAUACAUUAAAGAACUAUUUGUAGAAUACCUGUUUCAUAUAAGGGGUUAUUAAGCUAAAGACACCUGCUGUAAGCUAAUGGGGCACAGAAAACAGGAACCUAAUUGAUGUGAUGCCGUGGAGGAGAAGAUGAGGGCCAUAAAAACGAUUCAAGUAGUGGGAGACUGAUAGGCUGAUGGUCACAGAAAAGAGCAGUGAUUUCACCUCACUUUUUUUUUUUUUCCCUGAGUUGAGGGAGUGGAGAUUGAAGACUGUAUGGCAGCAGUGCUAUUUGAACAGGACCUUGGAAUGUUCUGUUUUGUCUCUGAUGGUAUCUUAGUUCCUCAGAAUUCAGAAAUGUAUAUUUUUUCUCAGUGGAAUUAAGAUGCUAUCCUUUUUUUUUUCUAGUUUAAUUUUUAAAAUAUGCUUAAAAUUUUGGCUCACUUAGAAUUUGAUACAGUGCUGUGAUUUGUCUCCAUGCUGAUAACUAAAGAGCCCAACAGAAUUUAUUGAAAAGUAAUGUUCCUUUCUCUUUCUGUAGUUCUGAUUUAUUUAUAUGUAAAGUUAUUAAAAUGAGCCUCUCUGAAGUUUGUCUUUAGUAGACAUUGAAAGGUUAGUGUAUGUCUGUAUCAAGAGUCUUUUAAAAGAAUAUUGUAUCCCGAGGACCUCUUAUUUGUACUAAAGUUCCCAGUUUUCACAAAAAAGGGAGGGUAGGGGAGGGAUAUUAUAUUCAGGUGAAUUUCAAAAGCUCUUUAUCAAGCUGUAUAAAAUAUUCUUCAGGGACUUUUUCUCCCAUUUUAGAAAUUGUAGUUGUAUAAUUUCAUUUUAAAAUAAUGAAAUUAAUGUAAUAUUCUCUUAUUAAGUGCUCUUUGUUAUUGCAAAAGGAAUUACAUGAUUUUGUUGUGUUUUCCUUGUCUUUGAUAUAGGAGUGCAGUUAACUUUUUAAAAUUUAUAACUUAUCCUACAGUUUUUCUAAAAUAUAGCUUCUAGUAAUUUUGGGGGAUUCUGGAAUUCUUUAGAUAUGUUUCUCUUUUUUUCCCUUUUUCUAGAUACUAUUAACAUCUGAAAAUAAGGAUACCAACCUCUCUUAUUUUCUUUUGAAUAAUUUCAACCUGCAUUUUAAAAUUUGUUUUAAGGGUGAUUUGAAGGUGUUUGUUGUCUAGUUUCUAUUUUUUAAGGGGAUAGGAAGCAUUGUAUAUAGUAAUUCUUAAUUUAAAAAGUAUCUAUUAUCGAGUCAGUUAAAAAAAUAACCUUGGAGAAGGAAAGGACAAAGAAAUGUUCCUCCUCAAUUUCCUGUCCCCCCUUCUUAAAAGUUUAACCAGUGAUCAUUGAAUUCUGUAGACCUUCUCAGCCUCACUGAGGUAACGGCACUGUUUUUCCUGUGGAUGUGAUGAACAUGGUCACACUUCUCUGUUGCGUGAGCCUGGAUUCCUAUCUUGGUCUUGUCUUCCUGGUAAUUGUAUUUUCUAUGACCUGCUGUUAGGCUUGCUAAGAUUUUUGAAUUAAUAUUUAUUAUUGAGAUUUAUAUUAUUGUGAUAUCAUGUCGUCUCUAUUUGUGAGUUAAGACGACCUAUAAUUUUUUUGUUUAUCUGUGUCAGCCUGGUCAGGUUCGAGCAUUAGAGCAGUAUACGCCUCAUAAGCCGUGUUGAAAGAACUUGCUGCCUUUUGUACAUUUUGAAAUUCUUAGUGCUUGUUAUUCCGAGUUAGGACUUGCAUUGGUAAAGGUAACUUUUCGGAGGCAAUGACCUUACUCAAGUUACUUAACCUCUCUAGGCCUCAGUUUCAUCAUCUACGAAAUGGGGGAGAUAAUGGUGCCUGUUUCAUGGGGUUUAGAGGGUUGUGAGGAUGAAAUAAGUGAUGAGGACACGUACGGCAGCCCUGGUCCGUGUUUAAGUAUUGGCUACUGCUGCUGUUCUCCCCUCACUAACUCCUACCUUCCGUGGCCCUGCUUCUACACAUCCACUGGGUGAUUCUUGCUUUUUGGUUUCCUGCCAACUAACUCCCUUCCACCCAGAGCACUUGGAAACUCAGUGGCAGAAGUUCAGGGGCUUUGAGUUGGGCAGACUGGUGUUUGAUGCUGCCUCGUCACGACCUCCGGCAAGUUGUUAAAACUCUGGUUGCUUCGGUUUUACAUCCCUAAAAUGGGGUUUAUCUUACCUGCCUCUAAAGGCCAUCAUGAGGAUCAUACAAGGUAAUACAUUGUAAAGCCCGUCUCUGGCAAGGAGCCAGCAAUCAAUAGUUUGUCAUUAUUAUUGGCUGCUGUUAUGACCUCUGUAAUAGCCUUGUCAAAUUGCUUGUAAGGUGUUGUUUAAAGGUAUGCAAUAAGACAACUGGUUUAGUGCGGAGAAUUAACUUAUAUCCCUGGUCUCUGACACAUGGUGGGAACUUGAUGGGUAAUAAAGGCAUUGAAUGAA